AUGGCUUCAACCGGUUUUUCAGCACCAUUACCAUCUAUUUUCACUAGAGAAAACUAUGAUUUUUGGGCUGCAAAAAUGAAGGCCUAUCUCAAAGCCUACGACCUGUGGGAAAUCACUGAGACAGGGAUGGAACCACCUCCACUUAGAGCCAAUCCAACCAUAGCUCAACUCAAGCAACAUAGUGAGGAAGCAGCAAAAAAGUUCAAGGCACUCUCCUGCAUUCAAUUUGCCGUGUCUGAUGAAAUUUUCACUAGGAUAAUCACCUGUGAAACGGCUAAGGAAGCUUGGGACAAGCUACAAGAGGAGUUUAGGGAAAAUGCUAGGACUAGACAAAUGCAAGUUCUAAACUUGAGGAGAGAAUAUGAAAGUUUGAAGAUGAAGGAGGCAGAAACUGUGAAAGAAUUUUAUGAUCGGCUGAUGAAGGUUGUUAACAAAAUCAGGUUGUUGGAGGAUGAUUUACCAGAUAGAAUAAUUGUUGAAAAGGUCUUGAUAAGCCUACCAGAAAAGUUUGAGGCUAAGAUAUCAUUACUUGAGUAUUCAAGAGAUCUUUCUACCAUCACCUUGUCUGAGCUAGUUAAUGCACUUCAUGCCACUGAACAAAGAAGGCUGUUAGGGUAA